GCAUGCCAGAGUUCAGCCUUGUAAUCCGUUGUCUAACAAACUCUUCUGACUAAAUUCACCCCUUUCCAAAGAACACGGGAACAGAUCAAAGAAAGUGUCGUACAUCCUCUAAAGUCAGUGUUAGUCCAGGUAAUGAUCGCGUUUCAACAGGCCAUUAAGUAUUAUUGAGUGACUUAAAGCCCCAAAUUGGCUUACGUGACGCUGCUGUUACUGUUAUACCUCAGUCGAAAGAGACCAAGGGCAGGGACCACAUACGUCUCGACACUGUAAGUCUAGAAUGAACGCCCCUGCAACAGAGGUUAUCUCUGGAUCCUGCCUUUGCAAAGGAAUCCAGUACUGCAUAACCAGCAAGACCUACCAAUGGCUUCGGUGCCACUGUUCCAUGUGCAGAAAGGCCAUUGGCGCCGAGCACUGUACGUUCUUUGCCGUUCCGAUCACCAAGUUGGAGUUCAGAAGCAAAAAAACACUGAAGACAUACAAGAGUUCUGAACAUGCUGUGAGAUCUUUCUGCAACAAGUGCGGCUGUUCAAUCUGCAUGAAGUAUGAUAUUGAAGAGCAUACCAUCUGGUUCAACGCUGCAACUGCAGACGUAGACGUACCUGUUGUUGAUCCUCAUCAAGUGUUCACAAGGGAUAAGGUCCCAUACUUGGACGUCAUGUCUCGGUCACAUGGCACUAUCGACAUAUCGGCGUGGGUUGUCGACUGUGCUAGAGAUAUGUAAAUGUUUCAUUUUAAAAAUAUCGUUUUCUUGUAUCGACUUCUGUACUCCAUAAAAUAGCUCUGAAA